GCCCGUAUACCAGGACCUAAUCAUCCUCACGCUGACACUAUUCUUGUUUGGUCUCAACCGAAUGAUCGACUUUCCACGCCCCGACGAUCCCGAAUUCAAAAGGGUGCUUGAUGUUCUUCAAAGUAGAAUUCUUAAGAUCUACAGCAAACUUUGGGACAUUAGGUCGCCUUUCUUGGUCUCCAAAGUCGCCUGCAAGACCUCAGACCUUGCCAAAUAUUCAUUUCAUGAGCACCUGUACAAGAUGGCUGGUGCAACAAGCAAAUUACUCGAAGAGUAUAGACGCGUCACUGUCAAUCACACGAACUCUCGAAUACCCCAUGUAUUGCUCCUCAUAUGGAUACACAACUCAGAACAAAGGAUACGAAGUCAAGCCCUCUCGCGCUCACCGAUGAUAAUGGAACCGGACACCCAGUCGUGGGCUGCAUUCUUUCGCUCGAUUUCCCGUGGAUGCACCAGUCGCGACCAUGUGCAUAGGGCUAUGCUACGAGAUUUGAAGGAUCGAGCCGUUACCGGUCACAACCUAUUCUCUGUCGCAUCGAUUUUGAUGUCACGACCUCCAGACAAUGACAAGUCCCCGCUCGAGACCUCGUCCGAACUGCAGCUCGUGCUACACAGUCUAGCUGCCGCUCGCCGCCAGGUGUGCUUGGGAGACCAUAACGAUGUGUACCACAUCAACGUCAUUAUCACAAUGCUGGGCUUUACAACGCGCGAUGCAACAAUACAACCCAUGUCUGACUCGCACAUAUAUGGAUUCCUCGGCUUGCUAAGCCAUUGCUGCAUGGUCCACAUAGAACUUGAAGGCGAUGAACACGGGUUCGAAAGGCUCAGUACGUACGGAACUACCAG